UUAUUAUAUUUAAAAACUUCUUUAAGAAAUGCUAAGACAAGGAUAUAAAACAGACAAUAAUUUGCAUUCAUAAUGCAGCUUGCUAAUAAUUUUGUUCCGAAUUUAUAUUAAUGAUUAUGUCAUGACGUAUCUACGAAAACAAUGCAAUGCAGAAGUCUUGCAGUGCAACCUUCCACAUUUCUUAACUUGUGCUAUUGACAUACAACUGCUGCCGGUUUUAGAAUCUUUAUUUACUCUUUUGCAAAUGCUACAAGAAAUCGAAAUUUCAAUGUGAUUUAUACAGAGAAUUACAAAGAAGCACAUGUAAUUUUGUCAUAAUGUGCGCAAUGAAUUCAAGGCCUUCAGCCUGCGCCCGCUUCCAACUCUGUCCCGAGGGCCGGAUCAGUUUAUAUUGUUUUCUAGCUACGGCAGGUCUUGUGCUGUUGCCCUCAGUGCCUCAGAUCUACUAUGAAAUUGUGCCAAACGUUUGGGGCGCCAUCCUGUGGGGUCCCGUGCUAUACUACGCCCUGAUCAAUUUAAUAAUACGUUUUGUGCUCCGGAACAUGGAAUAUCAGGUUGCCAUACGCGCCUCGUUUCUGGGCUUUGUCAUGGCGGCGAGCGUCCUAGUCGUUUGUUUCGCGCCCGCUCCAUGGCAGCAAUUUGGCGUUUAUGGCUGCUUUAUGUCCUUCUUUCACUACUCGGAGUUUCUGGUUAUUGCGGUGGCAAAUCCACGAACGCUCUCACUCGACUCCUUUAUGCUAAAUCACUCGGUCCAUUAUGGUUUGGCCGCAGCAGCUAGUUGGAUAGAGUUCGUUCUAGAGCUCCACUAUCUACCCGAAUUCAAGCGCUAUGCCCACAUUUGGUUUGUGGGCGUGGUACUAUGCACUUUCGGCGAGAUUAUACGAAAGGCGGCAAUCAUCACAGCAGGUCGCAGCUUCACACAUUUAGUGCAAGAUGAGAAGCAUUCGGAUCACAAGCUGAUAACCCACGGCUUAUACGCGUACAGCCGCCAUCCGUCGUAUGUGGGUUGGUUCUAUUGGUCAAUUGGCACACAAAUUAUUUUGAUGAAUCCGCUGUGCAUAUGCAUCUAUGCAUUAGUCAGCUGGCUGUUCUUUCACGAUCGCAUAUACGUUGAGGAGUAUUCGCUGCUGUACUUCUUUCAGUCUGACUACGCACGAUACCAGAAGCAAGUCCCAACGGGGCUUCCCUUCAUCAAAGGCUAUCUGAUUGAAUAGGAAGCAUAUCAACGGGAUCAAAUGUCAUCCACACAAAUGCUAAUGCAACAACAAAUGCGAAGCAAAAACAAAUGUAAUUUUAGUAUUUCACCCUUUUGAAAUUUGUGCACAGAACAACAAUAGAGAUAAUGACGAACCUUUUUCAAUUAUUAUCGAGUCUAUUUGUAUUGUGUUUCAAAAUGUCAAAGUAUAAGAAUGUGUUUAAGCGUUAUUGUUUAUUUUUUUGUAUUUUGCAACAACGAAAUAAAUUUAGAAAUGUGAAUAAGGCAAUGCAGUCUAUUAUCUAUAUUUCGAAACUCUCUUCCAUAGUAGCCUGCAGUCUAUUUAACCUGAUAAUAAUCUCUGAUUCAUUGUUUCAAUUCACCAAUGAUAAGACAAAAGCAAACUUAUCAACAGGU